AUGGCGUCAGCAUCAGCAGACAGACACAGUCCACAAUUGGAUCGUCCUUCCAUGAGUGAUCUGAGUGAUGUUCAGCUGGGAGAGAAUCAGGACUCUGAUCUUAGUGAGAACACAAACACAGGAAGUGAUGGAGGAGAGACAUCGAUGGAGACACAGAUGGAAAAACUGUUAGAGAUGUUGUUUCAGUCACAAGAAUCGAGAGCAAGAGAAGAUGAAGUGAGGAUUGUGCUGCUGGGAAAAACUGGAGCUGGGAAGAGUUCAACUGGAAACACCAUCUUAGGAAGAGAAGUGUUUAUAUCUGAAGAAUCUGUUACUAAAGUGUGUCAGAGAGAAACAUCUGAAAUCAACAGCAGACACAUUACUGUGAUUGACACUCCAGGACUGUUUGAUACUGAACUCAGUAAUGAAGAAAUGAGUAACUGCACCUCUAUGAUCCUGCCUGGACCACACGUGUUUCUCUUACUGAUUCAAUUGGGACGAUUCACUCAAGAAGAAGCAAAAGCAGUGAAGAUCAUUCAAGAGACUUUUGGUGAAAACUCUUUAAAGUACACCAUGGUACUCUUCACCAGAGGAGAUGAUCUGCAGAACAAAACCAUUGAAGAGUUUCUGGGAGAACCUGGAUCUGGCCUUAAAAACCUGAUUGAUGAGUGUGGAAACAGAUUCCAUGUGUUCAAUAAUAAAGAGACUGGAGACCAAACACAAGUGACUGAUCUACUGCAGAAGAUAGACAACAUGGUGAAGACAAACGGAGGGAGUUACUACUCAUGUAAGAAGUUCAGAGAGAUGGAGAGAGAAAUACAGAAGAACAAGCUGAUGGAGAGAGUCAGAGAAAGAGAAGAAGAGAUGAAGACGAUCAUGGAGAAAGACAGAGAGAAACUAGACAGAAAGAUACAAGAGAUGGAGAGAGAACGAGAGGAAUGGGAGAAACAGAGACAACAGGAAAGACAAAGAAGAGAAGAAGAGGAAGAGAAAUGGAGAAAUAUAAUCAAGAAAACACAUGAGGAAUAUGAUCAGAAACUUAAACAAGAGAGAGAGAGAAGUGAGAGAGAGAAAGAAGAACUUCAGUUCAGACAUGAAGAAGAGAAGGAGAGAAUGAAGAUGGAGAUGGAGAAAGAAAGACAUAAUUAUGAGAGAGAGAAAAAGAGAAUAGAAGAAGAGUUUAGAGAGAAAGAAGAACAACAUAAAAGAGAGAUUAAAGACAUGGAGGAACGAGACCGAAAGAUACAAGAGGAGCUGAAGAGAGAACGAGAGGAAUGGGAGAAACAGAAACAACAGGAACGACAAAAAGAAGAAGAGGCAUUUAGAGAGAGAGAAGAACAAUAUAAAAGAGAGAUUAAAGAAAGAAAGGAACAAGAGAGAAAGAUACGUGAGGAGAUGAAGAGACAACAAGAGGAAUGGGAGAAACAGAAACAACAGGAACGAAAAAGAAAUGAAGAGGAGAAAGAAAGAGUUGAAUACAAAGGAAAAGGAGUGAAUAAUUCAGGAGCCAAACAAAAAACAUUAGGAGAGCUGGAUCUCACUGGACGUAAACUAGGAGACACAGGAGUGAAACAGAUCGCUGCUCUACUGCAGGAUAAACACUGUACACUCAACACACUGAUGCCUGGCCAAAGUUCAUCAGUGAAGCCGCUGGAUCCUUGUUGGGCCGAGUAUUCUGUCACGGAGCGAACCAGACGGGAGACGUGCAGAUCCAUAUGCAAAGCUUUUAUUGACAAGACAUGGUCAGAAACAGGCAUAGAUCAGGUGAUGGCAAACAAGCGUGUAGAAGGAAAGGCUAGAGCAGUCCGAGAAGCAAGCAAGGGUCAGUCCACGGCAAACAUAAUCCAGCAGGAGCUGGAUCUGAGUGAGAAUAAACUAGGAAACCCAGGAAUGAAAAUCGUCUUGACUCUGUUUGAAAAUGAACAGUGUAGACUGGAAAAGCUGAACGGCUUCUCAUCGGCACAUCUCAUCCGCACUAAAAGAGCUGCUCCAUGCUGCGAUGCUAGACUUUCACUCACAUUCUGGGACAGUUGA